CUUCUUAGGAACUUCCUGGAUCCACAGCUUCCUAUUUCCUGGUGCUACAACUCAGACAAACUUUUAUCCACGUCAAGUCAGAGCAAAACUAUUUCAGCUGCAUCAUGUUUUAUCCAAAAUGUUUCUCUGCUGAACCGUGUUUUAUUUUCUAUUUUCAACUUCCCAUUGAUAAGAUUUCUGCUUUUAAAAUCCAACACAAUUUGGGCCACAUAAAGAAUGAUUUUAGAGAAAUCCAUUUAAAAACAAAAAACAUUGUUCAACUAUAAAAACUGAACCUAAGACAUUUCUUGUUUUCUCUACAUCAAUGUUGAAUUACACAGCUGAAUAUUUUUAGUGUUCCUGUUUUUCAACAGCUCAUCUGCUGCCAUCAUGUUCUGUCAUUAGCUGCUCACACCUUCAGAUGAUAAGAGGAAGGAAACUGAACUCAUCGUCAACAACUUCUUUAUGCCAUUUGCAUAAGAUUCUGUGGGAAAAUAACUGCCUGUUACUUUGCUCUGCAGACUAAAGUAGAGUUUCUGCCUUUUUAGUUCAUUUAAAGAGAAGAUAGGAGCAGCUAUGAGUUUCUCAGCAGCGAUCCGUGGAGUUAUCGUCCUUCUCAUGGCAGCAGAUGUUUGUGGUCAGAAUGUUUGGGGAGUGACUUUUAGUCGUCCUUCCAUUUGUGCCCUAAAAGGAUCAACGGUGGAAAUGAGCUGCAAAUAUAUUUACCCAGCCAAAUACGAGAACAUAAAUAUUGUUAUAGAGAAAACAUUUUGGUUUACAAAAGUGAUUAAUGGAGAUUUUGUGGAUCUGAAAGACGACACAGAUUAUUCAGGUCGUGUGGAAUACAGUUGCAUUAACACUUUCUGCUCUCUGAAGAUCUUUAAUGUGAGACAAACUGACUCAAAAGAGUACAAGUUCAGGUUCAUAUCAGACCAUCCAACUGGAAAAUACAUGGGUUCACCUGGAGUCUCUUUAUCUGUCACAGAUCCACAGGUGAAGGUAAACAGAUUAAAUAAUCCAAUCAGGAUCCAGCUGACAUGUCACACUGACUGUCAGCUGGAUCCUCCAGUUUCCUACGUCUGGCUGGAGGAUGGGAAAGCAAACAAAGAAAGUAACAAUAAUUUGGUCCUGUCCUCAUUUAAUACCACACACAGAUAUCAGUGUGCAAUAAAAGGACAUGAGGAUGUUCCAUCUCCUGCAGUGUAUGCUCCACAGACCAUCGUUCUGUCAGUGACCCCCUCAGAAACUGUUGAAGGCUCUAAAGUGACUCUGACCUGCAGCAGUGAUGCUAAUCCAGCAGCUAAAUACAACAUUUACAGGGUGAAUGAAGAUCAACAUGGUCAACUUGUCAGCACAGAAAUACAACCAGUCUUCAGCUCCAUCCAGGUCUCUGAUUCUGGGAGGUAUUACUGUGCAGCUGGAAAUGACCUUGGGAGCCGGACGUCUCCAAGUAUCAAUAUUAAUGUGAAAUACGGUCCAAAGAACUGUUCUGUGUCGGUGAACCCCUCUGGAUCAGUAGAGGAGGGAAACCCAGUGACUCUGACCUGUACUAGUGAUGCUAACCCAGCAGCUAACUACACCUGGUACAAGGAGAAUAAAAUCAUUGCUAAUGGGUCUGAGGUUUUUCAUGUCCUCGCUGUCGGCUCUGAGCACAGAAGAAGAUACUCUUGCAAGGCUCAGAACCUGCAUGGAGAAUGUAACUCUUCAUCUCGGUUUCUUGAUGUUCUCUAUGCCCCAAACGUCUCUGUGUCCAUAACUCCUUCAGGAGAGAUCAAGGAGGGAAACCCAGUGAUUCUGACCUGCAGCAGUGAUGCUAAUCCAGCAGCUAACUACACCUGGUACAAGGAAAAAGACAACAAACUCCUGGAAUCAAAUAAAAAUCUCACCUUCGACUCCAUCAAGUCGAUGGAUUCUGGGCAAUAUUACUGUACAGCCAUAAACAAGAUGGGACAAAAGAACUCAACAGUCAAUGUUGAUGUUAAAUGUACGCAGUCGCACAUUAAAGAAUGUCUUCCACUUAUGAACUUUAUAUUUUGACAUUAUUAUAAAAGUAACAAGCACAACUCCUACUUUUU